AUGAUGUUGUUGAGAAGUGCGGUUCUGCUGAGUUUGUUCGGUCACGCUGUAGCUAUUUGGCCAUUCAAUAGCAACUACCAGAAGGCGGUCAGUUACAAAGGACGCGUUUUGUGCGGAGGAAAGGUUUAUUCAAAUGUGGUAGGUUUUUGCUUUUAAAAAUUUUAAAGGCUUUUUUACGACAUUGACGGCCCAAAAACGAUAUUUGACUGGUCUAGAACAGGUUAAUGGCAUCUUGCUGCCCGGAAAUACGUUUUGGAGGUUUUUUAAAAAUGGAAGUUUGAUGGAAGAUUUUCAAUGUAACUUGCACUAAAAAUCUUCCACCCAACUUCCACUUACAAAAUGUGCCAAAAACUCAUUUUUAGGCCAUUUUAAGACAUUUUGAAAAUGGAAGUUGAGUGGAAGAUCUUCAGUGCAAAAUACAUUACAAAUCUUCCACUCAACUUCCACUUUUUAUUUUUCAAAAUUACGCUUGAUAAUUAUAUUGUCGUUUUAGAAAAUCGAGUUGUGGGAGGAUGAUGUCUUCCAAGACGAUUUUGUGUCUUCAUCGUCUCCAAAUAAAGAUGGAUGGUACUACAUCGGAGGACUCUGCAUUGAUGGCCCGUUUGAAUGGGAAGUGGAGCCAUAUCUCAUUAUGUAAGUUAUUGAAAGUUUUUUAAUUGAAAUGGGUAUUUUUUGCUUUGGGGUAACAUAUUUUAAGGAUAUCAAAAAAGGUAGUUAGAAAGGUUGAUUUUAAAAAGUGGAAGCUGAGUGGAAGAUUUUUAAUGCAUUUUGCACUGAAAAUCUUCCACUAAACUUCCAUUUUGAAAAUGUCAAAAAUUGACCUAAAAAUGAUUUUUUACCACGUUUUAGGGUGGAAGUUGAGUGGAAGAUUUUCAGUGCAAAAUAAAUUACAAAUCUUUUACUCAACUUCCAUUUUAAAAUACUUCAAAUUCUACAUUUUUAUCAAAUUUUAGGUACCACCGUUGCAACGAGCACAAGGAAUGCUACUACUUUGACUCUUGGCAAUGCGAGAACAUCCACGAGCUGAACAAUCAGGGCUAUAUGCACGACGGUUCAAAAUGUUUCGAAAAAGAUUACGCUGCUACAACCUAA